CCAGCACUCGCCUGGAGCGCGCGGGCGAGGCGGGUGCAUUGCACGGGGCUCACGGGGGCGCCCGGUGGUGGUGGUGGUGGUGGUGGCAGCGGCGGAGGCGGCGGCGGCGCGCUCACACCGCGCAGCUCCCGGCUGCAGCGGCCGGGGUGCAGGGCUGGGCGAGCGUCCCGGCGCCGGGGCUCCUGAGCGCGGCCAGCGCCGUGCGUCCCCGCCGCUGGCUCAACCCGAGCACUUCUUGGCCAUGGCUCUGGCGGACAGCACUCGAGGAUUACCCAACGGGGGAGGCGGCGGGGGCGGCAGCGGCUCCUCAUCGUCCUCCGCGGAGCCGCCGCUCUUCCCGGACAUCGUGGAGCUGAACGUGGGGGGCCAGGUGUAUGUGACCCGGCGCUGCACCGUGGUGUCGGUGCCCGAGUCCCUGCUCUGGCGGAUGUUCACGCAGCAGCAGCCGCAGGAGCUGGCCCGGGACAGCAAAGGCCGCUUCUUUCUGGACCGGGACGGCUUCCUCUUCCGCUACAUCCUGGAUUACCUGCGGGAUUUGCAGCUCGUGCUGCCCGAUUACUUCCCCGAGCGCAGCCGGCUGCAGCGCGAGGCCGAGUACUUCGAGCUGCCGGAGCUGGUGCGCCGCCUCGGCGCGCCCCAGCAGCCCGGCCCCGGGCCGCCGCCGCCGCACUCCCGGCGCGGGGUGCACAAGGAGGGCUCUCUGGGCGAUGAGCUGCUGCCGCUGGGCUACGGGGAGCCGGAGCCGCAGGAGGGCGCCUCGGCCGGGGCGCCGUCCCCCACGCUGGAGCUGGCUAGCCGCAGCCCGUCCGGGGGCGCGGCGGGCCCGCUGCUCACGCCGUCCCAGUCCCUGGACGGCAGCCGGCGAUCGGGCUACAUCACCAUCGGCUACCGUGGCUCCUACACCAUCGGGCGGGACGCGCAGGCGGACGCCAAGUUCCGGCGGGUGGCGCGCAUCACCGUGUGCGGCAAGACAUCGCUGGCCAAGGAGGUGUUCGGGGACACCCUGAACGAAAGCCGGGACCCCGAUCGGCCCCCCGAGCGCUACACCUCGCGCUAUUACCUCAAGUUCAACUUCCUGGAGCAGGCCUUCGACAAGCUGUCCGAGUCGGGCUUCCACAUGGUGGCGUGCAGCUCCACGGGCACCUGCGCCUUCGCAGGCAGCACCGACCAGAGCGAGGACAAGAUCUGGACCAGCUACACCGAGUACGUCUUCUGCAGGGAGUGAGCGCCCCAGGUCCCCUCGCUUCUCCCGGGCCCACUGCCUCGGCUCCGCGCUGGGGAGUUGAUGAUCGGUCCCCAGCCCCUGGCCCCUAGGUUCUCCCCGCCCCCCCCCCCCUCCACUAGCUCCGCCAGACUCCUCAGCACCCCCUCUUUAGACUUUGCAGCCACAAAUCCUCUGGGCUUCUUCGUCUGUGGACCAGGCUAACCAAGAGUAUUGGAACGUGACCCUUCCCCCACCCCACCCCACCCUUCCUUUGUACUUCCAUGUGGAUCCAGUCAGGCAGUGUGGGCGCAAAAGCACCAAGUAUCUGGCAAGGACUGAAUUGUUCAGAACCCGAUUAGACCAAGUCCGGGGUAUAGAAGAUUUCCUUGAAAUCCUCUCAAGCCCUUCGGGACUCACUCCAGGUUUAAGAGAUCAGAACUGAUGACACCGAGGGGGAGUGGGGGCUAGGGGGCUUAGAAGGUUGCAAUCGUCUUUUUGAUCUUCGUUCAAGGUAGAGUUUUUGAAGACAGAAUGGAAGACCGACGCUUGAAUUCAGAAAUCCCCAUGGAGGGCAGUGCAGUGACUAAUGAAAGUUUUGAAAAGUUACAGGCAAAAGUAUUGGACGAAUGCCAGCACUGUGAAAGACCUUAUCUCUCUCUCUCUCUUUUUUUUCCAGCCCCGCUUUGCCUGUGGCUUAAACUUGUGACGGGGUGGGGGGGGGGCUUUCUCCUCCACUCGGUGUGGGGGGAGAUCUGGGUUCCAUUGAUUAAUAUGACAGCCUUGGGGGUCCAGAGGGAGAAAGGACGCCGCUGUCUCGCUGUCUCCGAAGAGGCCUGGAGGCCCCAGAUUGCCAGGUGCUUCCAAAAGUCACCUGACAGCGAUUUAAGUGGAGCUGGGUAGUAAUGCACGUCGUUUCGUGGGCAGUAGGAUGGUACAGCCAUUAGAUCUAGGAUUUUGUUGGGGACGGGGUGGGAGGGAAGAAAGAGGGGAGGAGGGGUGGGGGGGAGCAGCAGACAUAACCCAUGUUUAUUUGAAAGUCGAAAGUGUGUACCAUUCAUUUGAGUACAUAAACAUUUAAAAAAAUCAAACCGUUAACUCAAAUUUGCAUUUUUAUCAAGGUUAGUGACAGAUCUACUCUUCAACUGGUAGUUAAAAAACAAACUGUUUUGGGUCCCUAAACAUACAUUGUGAAUACUUAUAUCACCCAACCAAAGAGUUACUCAGUAAGACUUUAGUUUUUCAGUUGUUAUUGACUAUACAUCCUGAAUUUAGAAUCUGUGUUAAGUAAGCAAAGUUAGUUCAAUGUUGGUUAUUUAGACUUAAAACUUAAUGAAAAAUCCUUAUUUUCUCCAAGCCCAGCACAUCUUCACUGCUGGGCAGAGCUAAAACAAACAAAACAAAAACCCUCCCCCCAACAUUUGAAGUUAAAAUGGAAUCUUGUCAAGUGGCAGAGCUACAUAGAAGUUUAACCACGGAGGGCUGCCCAUCUCUCUAUGUAAAAUGGAAUAUUUUUUAAAUGAAGGCAAACUAAGUGCUUAAAUGUGGCAGAGCAAUAAAAUGGUGUUUUAGGGAAAAGCAACAGAAACAGGAGACCUGGUUGCCUUAUGCCUUUACUCUCACGUGGCAUGAACUCCCAGUGUGUACGCUGUGUUCACCAUAAGUGAGGAGGAAUGGCAGACUCCUCAUGCUUCUCUGAGGCAUCCUUUGGAAUUCUGUGAGGACGGAGAAGACUUUCUAUCUCUUCGUUUGUUUUAGCAUCUUUCUCUGAAAUAUGUUUUUAAAGAAUUUGUAAGAAUCGUCUUUAGUGUUUAAAUUAGUGCUAUUUUCUCCUUCCUUUCUAAAACAAAUCUUGUACUGUAUCUUACUACGUCCAUGACAGAUUUUAGAAAGUGGGGCAGUUUCAUUCAUAGACUCAUGUGAUCUAAGCUGUAUAUACCAUAUAUAAACAUUUUACAUGAAUCAUUUAGUUUUUUAAUUCAUUUACUAAUACUAUAAAAUUUCCUAUAUAACCUCCCCAAUAACUUGCAUUGGCUGGUGUGUAUAUUAAAGCUUCGAUGAGUUUCAUAUAUCCUUGUCUAUGGUGAAUUUGAGCCAGGAAAAAAUACAUUAAUUGUAAUACUGAAUUUGCUUUAUACCUUUGGUUUCCUGGAGUAUUGUAUACUAAUAGUAUGUACAUUAACUGUCUACCUAAGAUCAAGACGCCUGCAUUUUUAAUCCACUAGUUUUUUCAUUUUAGUGUGGAAGGAAAAGUUACGCUCUAUUAAAGUUAUGUUUUUUGAAAAAUUAGCUUUAUGUACAAUGGCUGUAAUUUUAAGGGAAAUAAAUGCAGAAAUCCAGGAGGUUGUUUGCUCAGAGAGGUAAUAUUUCAGAGCUUACCUUUAACUUACAUUUCAAGCUGGAAAUGAUUGAACAUCGUUUGCUUACUGUGAGUGUCAUAUAGCGUGUCACUCCUGUAGCAUUUUGUUAGAUUGCUCAAUGAAAAAGCAAAUGGUUGUCAUUAGGACAGAUCAGAAACGUUGACAGAUGGCAAGACUUGGUGAUGCUGAUGUCCCUCAUCAAAUCUGCACAAGUCCAUGAGUGGGGAAGCUAAAAGUUUGUCUCUCUUACUCAUCUUAGAGAUUGUAUUUUGUAUAACUUUGAGCCCAGUAGUCAUCUUCCCUUCCCCCCACUUCUGCCCUUUCAGGCACCCCAUAGGUUCCUUUAAAGAAUCUAAUGUUUGGGACAACAGUAAACUAACUUUUUUUUUUUUUUUUUUUUAACAAAUGUUUGUUCUUUCUGCUCUUGAAGUGAAUGCAUCAACACUUACUACUCUAAGCCCCACAUAAUAACAAGGCAACUCUUUUCCAUGGAGAACAGAAUAUAACUGAGUUCAGCUCCCUGGGCAUGAGCCUUUUGGAUCCAUUCCUUUCCAUGUGCUUUUAAGGUCGGCAGAGUGAAUUGAGUGUCGGCGAUACCUAGGAGCUUGGAUAGGAUAUUAAACAGGGCCUCUUUGAAUUAGCCCUCCAAAACCACCAUUCACCUAACAUGGCAGAAUGAGGAAACUAUUCAGAUAAUUAUGACUGCCUUAUUCUGACUCAGAGAGAAAGGCAUUUGCAUAUGUUGCUCCAAUUACCAAUUUGAUGUCCAUAAAUAUAACUGAAUGGCAUUAGGUAACUAGAUUUGUCGACAGAAUUAUUCAUUGUGGUGAUUUAAAAAAAAUACCAUGUUUUUGAACCAAGUAUUUAUCUGCGUUUAAUACAUAACUAUGAAUCACAUUCUAGUUUUUAAAAUAAUGUUGAAAAUAUUCCUUGGAGUAUGAAACUGAAGAAUUUUCCCUAACAAUACUAUUUUUAUUUUUGUGUUUCUUAUUUGGAUUAAAAAAAAUUAACAGCGGUGAUAACUUAUAAUACUAGAUAAAAUUGUCUUCUCUUACGAAAUUCAUAAUGUGCAAAUACCAAAUAGGCAAUGCUUGCCACAUAUUACAGUUUUUAUUGGAAUUUUCCAUGGAAUGUUACUACAUUAAAGCCAUGUAAGUUGAAGCUUUGAAAGUUUUUUACUCUUCAAAUUAUGGCAGAUUCCGGGCUUAUUCAAAUCAUUUUUGUACUCUUACAAAAAGUGGUAAAUUGAAAUACAGACAUUUAGCAAAGCUUUGGUAGGAGUUGUUGAAUUCCUUAGGAAUUUCUUCUAUAUGUAAAUCACAAGUACUUUACAGAAUUAAGUUUUUAAAACCUUAAAUGGAGUAUUUUUAUUGUAAACCUAUUGGAGUGACUAUUCUCUUUGGAUUUUUUCCCUCAUGUUUUUCCUUACUAAGAAUCAUUUUAAAACCUGAAUUUUAAACAGAUUAUCUAAUGCUGUCUCUUGGGAAAUGACUUUCCAGAGUCUUUAAUACCUGAAAUAGGUUUUUCUUAUAGCUAGAAACAACUUGUGUUGUAAUCAACUUCUCAUUUUCAUAGUUUGGGACAAUAAAAUGUACAAGUAUUAAAGGAGAACAUUUAAAGAUAUUAAAACUUGAGGAUUUAGAUUCUUUACUGAAGUCCCUAAAACUUAGACUGAAGAAGUUCACCCAACUAUCUACAUUGGAUUAUAACUUUUUGUGGUAAGAGGACUAGUUGGCCAAGAUUCCUUGCCACUUAAAUGUUCUGUGAUUGUUUUCCACAAGCCAAGUUUUUAAAACAAAUUCUAAGUGUGUUUUGAGACAUGUAGACACUAACUGUAAUGUAAACAAUUAUACAACUGUCUUUGUGACUUUAUAGGCAGGUACAUUUUGCUACAAAUAUUGAAUAUAAAUGAUACGAAUUCCCUUAUUACCACCAUUAUUAACCAUUGAAUGACAAAGGGUUAUGGCAUUUAUCAUGGAUGUGAAUUUUAAAGAUGUAAAAAUGGUUUAAACUUUUCUGGGCAUCUGAAAAUUUUUCUCAUUUGUUAAGUAAUGUAAGAUUCCCACAGCACUAUCUGGGGUUCUGAAACUGUUGCAAAUGUUAUUUGCUAGGUGAUAGAUAUCACUGAACCAUUUUCUCAGAACACAAGGAGAGAGGAAAAAUACUACCAGAUAUUUCUAGUGAAACACUGGCAAGAAGAAACUUCCUCUCUAUUAAAAACAAAAGGCAUGGUGAUGAAGUCUUUUCAUAGGUGCCUAAACAGUGAGAAUUCCUUUAGCCAUAUAAAUGCUCUAGAAUUUUUUGUUGUCCCUGUUCACAACCAGUUGUACAAGAAAAAUAUUCAAUACUGUUUCCCUCCCUGUGUGUGAAGUAAUGAAUCAUUGAUUAUGUGACUCAUUAUGUAUUCUAUUAAACACUAAAAAAAUAAAACAUCACUCCUUUAAUAA